CUUGUCUGUCUAGCAGCAAGGCUAUGGUUUGGGAUUUUGUUGAAGUUGAAACCCAAAUCGUUUUUGUCUGAUCGCUGUCACAAGCGGAACUUGGUUUAUAGUGUUCAAUCAAUCAACGAUUUGAGUUGUGAGCAUAUUUGCAGUAGCAUUAAAUACUGUUGCUAUCCGUUGCUAUCCUUCGCCAGGUUGUCACUGCAACUACAUUUGCAUGGAGCAACAUAUCUGAAGAUGGGUUAACACAUCUUUCUACAUAUAUCGAGAAAAACAGAAGUUUCGAGAACUGUUUUUAAUAGGCUCUCCCUUUACCCAGUGUCAAUAUCCUUAGUGCCAAUGAUGUCUGGAAGACAGUUAAGAAAUAGACUUGUACCAAACCCUUCUACUUCUCCAAAUUCCUCUACAUCUGGAAUUGUUGGUGGAAGACAGCUGAGGAGUAGAGUUAUACCUACAUCUCAAACUCCAUCAAACUCAAGUGGAUCUGGACCUAGAUCUGCUGUACUUCGUAAUAAUGUCAGGCAGUCUACAAGAUCCUCUACCAAUCCUGAAUCAUGUGUCUGCAAAACUCCAAACUCUAAGGUUCGAAGAAGGACUCCAGGAGGGAGAUUACCGUCCACCGGAAGUGCUAGGAUGUCUCUUGGCGUGAGCUUGAGGAGUGGUGUGGCAGGACACAGGUUACCAGAGAGAGCUGCAAACCAGAAACAGAAAAGUAACCGAAGUACUUCAGUCAAAGUUGCAAGUAAACAGGAACUUUCCAAUAAUCAAAGAAAACAAGAAGGUCCUGCUCCCAAGCCAUCUCUAGUUGUCUUUAAUUGCACUGGCACUCUAUUCUCCUGUUACGGAGAAAACCAUCAGUGUACUUUGUGCAUUUGUCCUUGCCCACUGGCAUUGGAUGGUACUUGUCAAUGGGAGGGUGCCAUAAAUGAUGUAGUGGAUCAUAUUACAAAGAACCACUGCCUGGUGGAUACAACAACAGGCCCAAAUGUCCAAAUUAAAUUAAAGAAUUGGAGGAGACCUACUGCCGCCCAAUGGGCUACAUUACAAAACUGCCUUGGUCAGUAUUUUCUUGUGCUGGUUGAGAAAAUGGAUAUCAAAAAAAGGCCACUAUUCAUGGGAACUGUGAGAGUAUUUGGUCACCAAGAUGUUGCAGAUCGGUUUGAAUUCAGGAUGACAUUGAAAACUAGUGGCAAUAUAAGCAGAACAUUCUCUUAUUCAACUGUGGUAAAACCAAUCAAUGACAAAACAGCUAUUGCCAAGAGGGAUUGUUUUGUUUUUGAUUCUUCACUAGCUGAAAAUUUUUCUGUUGAUGAAAAUCUAGAAGUUGCAUUGAGUAUAUCUGUAAUGAAAAUGUGAUUUUUAUCUAACUACCCCAGCUGUGAUAUUUAAAUCCAAACUAUUUAAGAUUUAUGCUAUAUUGUAUUGAUCAGCAUCAGGUAAAUUUGAAAACCAAUUCACAGUUACGUGAGGACCAUUCCAUUAUGGAUUUUAUCAAAAUGUGAAUGCUCACCUAGCUACUUUGUGAAGAAGUGUAUCCUUGUAUUAAUAUCUAUGAUGUCCUGUAAGUAAUUCUCUCACCAACUUUUCAGGGUUAAUUUUUCUUGCAAUGUUUCACACAGUCUCAUACAUUUGUGUUCAGGUUUAAGUUCACUUGCUCUUGUUAAUGUUUCCAACAUUUUUUUCACAUCACAUCCGUAGCCAUUGUAAGAUUUGUCACCUAUUUUUAGUUUAUUCUAUCAAUUAUUAUUGUGCAAUAUUCCUCUGUGAAGAGGUAACUGAAGACUUGAGUGGAUCCAUGUAAAAAGUUUCUGACAUGUCUGUCUACAGGUAAAUCCAAAAUGUCAGCAUAUGGGUUUGAAAUACGUACGUUUGAAAUAGCAAGUGGUUUUGAGUAAUGGGAACUGCAGCAGGAUACCAAGUUGGGUACAUUUGUAUUUCAAGAACUAAAGAUUAAAGAUUCAUUUUGAAUUUAAAUCAAAGUCUCUGUAUCAUCAUUCAUUGUACAUUUUGAAAUCUACAAAGAUUCAUAAUAUGUCUUGCAAUUUUGAAUUAUACUGGGUUUGUCAAACCACUUUUGUGGAAGUGCACAGUAGCAAGAUAAUAUUGCUGGUUCAAGAGAAUCCCAAAGGAAACACAUUUUUUCUUUCUUUUUACGUAAUUUGUGUAUAAUUUACUAUUGUUGCUGAACAUCUGUAUAUAUUUUGAGGAUUGAAACCUACUUGUUCUACAAGAAGAGUAUGCACAACAAUAUAAAUGAAUUGUAGCUGAAGGGACCGCAUACCUUUAUUUUGUUUGUAGUGAGCUUUUCACCACUGCCAGACUGUUAGUCUAGUUUAUGCAUAAUAUAGUUUGUAUUAACAAAAUGCCAUUAUAAAUUGCUUUUAUCUUUGAAAGCCUGAAACUAAGUUUUUGUUUGUCAAGUAGUUUCAUCUAGUAAUUAAUUGGUUCAUUUGGGAUGAACGCAUUCUGGAAAAAAAAAGGCCUCAGGCCUCUAGAAGUUAAACCAGACUAAACUAAAUCUUAAGAAGUUUAAAUUUAAUGUAAAACUUCUAUUUAGCCAUUAUCAAUUUAUUGUGUGUGUAAAAUUGCUGCAAUUGUUCAAAUUUUACACAGAACUUGCUUUUAUAAAAAGCUAUUUAAACUGUUUUUACAAUACCUAGUACCGGUACUCAAAAAAAUGUCCUGUAUUUUUCUAAACAUUCUAUCGGUCAUUGGUGAUAAACCAAUGAAUCCAAUUUAAACACACGAUGCUUAGUUGUUUACCUAGAAAAAGACAAGAAUUUUGUAUCCGUUGUUUUAAUGUCUGUUUUAUAAGAAUUUCGGUUAAGGAAUGGAGUGUAUGGGCAACUUUUUCUAUUUUCUUCAAUAAGAUGUUAUUUUCAAAUCAAA